AUGGCGGAGUAUGUAGUCAGGCCGCUGGUAUCCAUGUUGACAAACAAGGCGUCCAGCUACCUGCUGGACCAGUACAAAGUGAUGAAUGGCAUGGAGGAGGAGCGUGAGACCCUGAAGCGCAAGCUUCUGGCGAUCUUGGAUGUCAUCCAAGAUGCGGAGGAGAAAGGAGCUUCCCGACCUGGAGUGAGUGCUUGGCUCGAAGCACUCAAGAAGGCAGCCUAUGAGGCGAACGAUGUCUUCAACGAGUUCAAGUACGAGGCGCUCAGGCGUGAUGCCAAGAAGAAGGGACACUACAAGAAGCUUGGCUUUGACAUCGUAAGCCUCUUCCCUGCUCACAACCCCAUUGUAUUUCGUUACAGGAUGGGCAAGAAAUUGUGCAGGAUUGUGCGCAAAAUUGAGAACCUUGUCAGAGAGAUGAAUGACUUUGGAUUCAACCAAACUCAGCAAGCACCACCAUCCAACCAGUGGCGCAACACAGAUUCCAUAAUAAUUGACUCUGAGAAGGAUAUUGUCAGCAGGUCCAGAAACGAAGAGAAGAAGAAGAUCGUUGAUAUAUUGAUUGAUCAAGCUGGCGACAGGGAUCUCAUCGUCCUUCCCAUUGUUGGAAUGGGCGGGCUGGGCAAGACCACCUUUGCUCAGCUUGUUUACAAUGACCCUGUAAUCAAGGAGCAUUUCCAGCUCCAGAGGUGGUGUUGUGUGUCAGAUGAUUUUGAUGUUGUGAAGAUUGCAAACAACAUUUGUGAGACCAAUGAGAUCCAUCGUGAAAAGGCAUUGCAGAACCUUCUGAAAGAAGUAAGUGGGAAGAGAUACCUCAUUGUCUUGGAUGAUGUAUGGAAUGAAGAUGCUGAUAAGUGGGAAAAACUCAAGACCUGUCUGAAGCACGGUGCCCAGGGUAGUGCAAUACUGACGACCACUUGUAAAGCGCAAGUAGCACAAAUUAUGAAGUUGUGUAUUGGUGAUAGCCAUAAUCUUGGAAAUCUAGGUAAAGUAUUUCUGAUGGAAAUAUUUGAGAAUAGAGCAUUCUGUUUGCAAAAGCCAAAGGCUGCUGAGCUAAGUGAUGUGGUUGAAAAGAUUCUGGACAGAUGUGGAGGCUCUCCUUUAGCUGCCAAAGCCUUUGGAUCUAUGUUGAGUAACAAGACUAGCAUGAAAGAAUGGACGGCCAUACUAGCCAGAAGCAACACUUGCAACAAGGACACAGAAACUUUUCUUGUACUCAAGCUCAGCUAUGAUGACUUGCCAUUACACUUGAAACAUUGCUUUGCUUUUUGUGCAAUAUUUCCCAAAGAUUAUGAUAUUGAUGUGGAAAUUCUAAUCCAGCUAUGGAUGGCACAUGAUUUCAUACCACUAAAGGAUGGUGACAAUCUUGAAAAGGCAGGCAGAGAAAUUUUUGACGAGCUAACUUGGCGAUCAUUCUUUCAAGAGGUCAAGCUAAACCCCCUAAAACUGAAUCUGAAUGCAAAAUACUGGGGGGAGAUCCGUUCUAGAACAGUAUGUAGGAUACAUGAUCUUAUGCAUGACAUUGCCUUGUCUGUUAUGGGAAAAGAUUGUCUUACUAUAGUUGACAGGCCUAAUGAAAAUGAGUUGUUGUCAGCAGGCCCUACUCGCCACUUGUUCUCAUCAUAUAAGUAUAUCCAAACUCUUUUGGAUGCUUAUCUGAAGAAACACUCUCCUGCUCUUCAGACACUGUUGUAUACAGAUAGCUUCACUCGUGGCUCGACACCUCAUUUGUCGAAGCACAGCCAUCUGCGAGCAUUGCAACUCUUUGAAGAGUGCAAAUGGAAAAAGGCACCCCAACCGAGGCACCUACAACACCUGAGGUAUCUUGAUCUCUCAAAGCACCUUUAUAUGAAUGAACUUCCCAAGGAAAUAAGCACACUGUAUAAUCUACAGACCCUUAAUCUUACUGGUUGCCGGAAUCUUGGUCGACUUCCAAAGGAUAUGAAGUAUAUGACAAAUCUCCGCCACCUCUAUACAAAUGGAUGCAUAUCAUUGAAGUGCAUGUCUCCAGACCUCGGGCAACUCACUUCUUUGCAGACCCUAACAUACUUUGUGGUGGGUUCUAGUCCUGAUUGCAGUACUAUUGGAGAACUAAGGGAUUUAAAUCUUGGUGGUGAAUUAAAACUUGCUGGUCUUCAGUAUGUAACUGAACAAGACGCUAAAGCAUGCAGUCUUGUAAAUAAAGAGAAACUCACACAUUUAUCUCUUGAAUGGAGCGAUGAUGGCAGUGAAGAAGAAGAACUGGACCAGCACAGGAAUGUGCUUGAUGCUCUUAAACCUCAUGUUGCACUGGAGUUUUUACAAAUAAACUCCUAUAAAGGUAUUGGAUUCCCAGCAUGGGUGGCAGAUCUUACUUUACUGCAGCAUUUGACCAAGCUCCACCUAGAUGGUUGUACAAUGUGUGAGGAAUUUCCGCAAUUCAGUCAAUUUAAGGCCCUUGAAGUUCUUGUCUUGAAAAGGUUGAAGAAGCUGCAAAGCCUAUGUAGUCACAAUGCAUCUGCAGCAUUUCCAGCAUUAAAAGACCUCAUAUUAAAACAUUUGGAGAUUUUUGAGAGAUGGGUGGCAACAGAAGGAGAAGAGUUAACAUUUCCUCUACUUGAGAAUGUUAAAAUUAAGGACUGCCCAAAGCCAACUCUAGCUGAUGCACCAAAACUCAAAGUUAUAAAGGUAGAAGGAGGCAAGGCUCAACUAUCCUUAUCAAUACUUGGAUCCAGGUACAUGUGUUGCUUGUCUGAAUUAUCCCUGUCAGUCAGUGAUACUGAAGCAACACCAACACUGAAGCUUGAUCAGGAUUGUGAAGUAUCUCUUUUGAAAAUGUCAUUAAAUGGUUUCAACUUUUUGUUCCCCUCAUGCGCAUCACAGCCAGCAGUUGGGGUCUGGAAAUGCUUUGGUCAGCUUUUGGAGUUGAAAAUUGGCUCUUGUGAUAUGCUCAUCUACUGGCCUGAAGAAGAGUUCCGAAGCUUGGUAUCAUUGAAGAGUUUCUGCAUUGAGAACUGCAGCAAUCUAACAGGCCCCACCAAUGUGACAGGAUACCAUACUCGAGGAAGGGAUCAACUCCUGCCAAAUCUAAAAGAUCUAUCCAUAUAUGAAUGUGGAAGCUUGGAAGAGCUUUUCGUUCUUCCCCGAUCUCUCACGAGUAUUGGCAUUCGAGACUGCGGUAGUCUGGAGUCCAUACUGGGGCAGGAUAACAGAGAGUUGGAGAGUGUACAACACUUUGAUACAACAGUAUCGUCAGAACACUGCAGUACAAGUAUGCCAGAGCAAUCACCUUCACCCAGAAUUAAUUCAUUGCCAUUUCUCGGGUCAUUAUAUAUAAAUGACUGUAACAAUCUUCGUUUUGUGCCAGCGCAAUUGGAUGCACUCGUAUAUCUGUAUAUUAAGGCUUGCAAUGAUCUGGAGUCGCUGGAUUGUUUGGGAGACCUACCGUUAAUGGAAUCACUACAUCUUGAGGGAUGCAGACAUUUGGUAUCUGUACCAGGUAGUGAUGGGAACUACCCAGCCCUUCGGAUGCUAACUAUCAGAUACUGCCCAGCUAUAAAUAUGAAGCCACUUUAUCGGUGCCUCCAGCAACGGCUCGGUAGCCUUGAAACCAAGGAUCUAUCUGAUGCUAGUUCACGUGAUCCUGAAGAAGUUUGA